AAAUGUAAUUCAUAUUUGUACUGGAAAGGUUUCAUUCUCAGAAAUUUUGUCUCCAAAGACCGAUUAUUAUCGCAUCAAUUUUUAGUGGGAUUUCCAGCAAAGUCCAAGUAAUGUAUUCUCCAUCGCUUCCACGAAUGAAGAAUAUACGUGUCCCAAGAUAAUGUUGCAGUGUCCAAUCUCGGUUGGUCACCGGGAGCAGAGAUUUUGUCUCCCGAGCUUUCGGACUCGUUAUGGAGCCCAUCCCCAGGGAACUUCUCUGUGUGCUUUGGGUUAAAUACCACAGACAGAACAGCCCAAAGCACUCAGAGAAGUUCCCUGAGGAUAAGCUCCAGAACGAAUCCAAAAGCUCGGAAGACAAAACCUCUGGUCCCGGUGACCGAUCCCGAUCGGAUCCUGCUAUAUGGCUUCUGCCCCGGGGGUGGAGAGAAACUUAACACCAACCUUCCCAACUGCACCACAUUCCUGAGAGUUUAAAGUCAAAACACGGCGUAGCAAAUCUUCGAGUGGCCGUUGGAAGGCAGCAAAGAAUUCCCAGCCCAGAUGCGGCACCCUAGUCAAAUACAUCUGGAGGGCACCAGGUUGGGGAAUGCUAAUGUAAACCUAUCAGUACGGGCGGAGUCUUCUCCUCUCCACCCCGUAAUCACCGAUUAUCUCCACUUCCUGGUUAUGCCAGGAAAUCAAACCGAUUGCAUUGCAAGUGGAGCGGCAAUUGUAGCUUUGCCGGAAGGAGGCCGCAGCGGCUGAGCAAACUUCGGCCGCUUCCCUAAAAGGCUCCGGGCAGGCCCUCCGGCUGAGAAACGCCUAAGGGUCGCCCCGCUGCAUCGGCGGAGGAGCAACUCCCUCUCUAUCCCUCCGCCCCUGCCUGCGGGCUUCCCCCCAUUCUCUUGCCUCCUCCUUCCCUCCCCCUCUGGCUCGGCGCUUCCUUUUCCGCUCGCCUCGGUCGACGGGUUAUCUCGACAAAGGCGACCGGGCGAGAUCCAGGGCGCCGGAGAACCCACGGUUCCAGAUGCGGAUGAGGCCACGCCUUACCAUUUGCGCGCGGUCUGUCCUUAUUUGGCUGAGCUCCAGAUGCGCGCUGUGCCUCCUUUGGGCCGCAGGGGGCGGUAGACUCUGGCGAGAAAAGACAAAGGCGCCGGACUCCUGAAUGGGAAAAAUCAACAUGAAAGGCGAAGAAGCUCGGCAGCAUCGGAAAGAAGGUCGAACCAGGAAUGGAGAGCGAUCCAGGCAGAAAGCAAAGAGCAAGAGUAAACACAAAGAGAGCAAACUUGGCAGCCAGAGCACAGAGGAUGGCCCUUUGUUCCUGCCUCAGAAGCAGCCUCCCGAGACAAAAGUGGCCAUGGCAAAACUACAGAAGGAAUCAGCCUUGGCGAUUGGCCUCCAGGUGCUCCUGCCUUACCUGCUGGCAGGCAUGGGCAUGGUCCUGGCAGGCAUGGUCUUGGAUUAUAUUCAGCACUGGAAAGUGUUUAUAAAAAUCAGAGAAAUGUUUAUUCUGAUUCCAGCCCUGAUUGGUUUGAAAGGCAAUCUUGAAAUGACCUUGGCAUCUAGACUUUCUACAGCUGCUAAUACUGGCCGGAUGGAUAAUACACAGGAAAAAUGGAAAAUGGCUAUUUGCAAUAUGGCCUUGAUUCAGGUACAAGCCACUGUGAUAGGUCUUCUGGCAGCUGUAGCAGCAAUCCUUCUAGGCGCACUCUCUAAUGGGUAUUUGGAGCUGAACCAUGCCACUGUGUUGUGUGCCAGCAGCCUGACAACAGCAUUUGUAGCUGCCUUUUUCCUUGGAUUGUUGAUGAUUGGUGUGAUCAUUGGAGCAAGAAAGAUUGGGAUAAAUCCAGAUAAUGUUGCUACUCCUAUAGCUGCAAGCCUUGGAGAUUUGAUUACUCUUAGUCUGCUGGCUGGAAUUAGCAGUGUUCUCUUCAGAUAUAUAGAUAUAUCAUAUCUGUCCCCUAUGGUCUGUGCCAUUUUCAUUAUUUUGAUUCCUUUGUGGAUUGCUAUUGCCCGGCAGAGUCCUCCCAUUGCUGAAGUCUUGAAGACUGGAUGGCAGCCAAUUAUAAUUGCAAUGAUCAUCAGCAGCCUUGGUGGAGUGAUUUUGGACAAAACUGUAACACAACCAAAAUUUGAAGGCAUUGCUGUUUUCGUUCCAGUGAUCAACGGUGUUGGUGGCAAUUUGGUGGCUAUCCAGGCCAGUCGCAUCUCCACAUUUCUGCAUUUCUGUAGCAUGCCUGGAGUCCUGCCACACAAAAUGACGCAGCAUUGGCCUAAUCCAUGUACCACCUUCUUCGCUUCAGGUAUCAAUUCUAAAUCAGCUCGUGUGCUGAUCUUGCUAGUGAUCCCAGGACACCUGGUGUUCCUCUAUGCUAUACAUCUCUUUGAGGGAGGCCACACAGCAAUCACAUUCACUUUUGUGGCGUUUUAUCUGAUAGCUGCUCUCCUGCAGGUGGGAAUUCUGCUCUACAUGGCUGACAUCAUUGUGCGACUAAUGUGGAGAAAGGGUCUGGAUCCUGACAAUUAUUCCAUCCCCUACCUCACUGCCCUGGGAGAUCUCCUGGGCACUGGCUUCCUGGCAGUUUGCUUCUACUUGCUUUGGUUGCUCAGUGGUUUGGAGCCAAAGCUAGGGAACUAAAGUGUUUCAGCCGUAGUGUCAAACUGCCUGCGAAUCUCUCACAAUCUUCAAGAGGUUACUGAAAAGAGGGCAUCCGGGUUCCUAAACUGGAACGGAUUGUCCUCCCUUUUGAUCUCAACACUGCAAAGCUGAAAGUUGGAAAAGAGCUACAAAUGACGUCGCAUAAUCAUGUAUCACAGCUUUUGAAGUGUCAACAAGGAAAGGAUUGUGAAGCACUCUGAUCAGUUUUUCAACCAGUCAAGGAAUCUUACUACAGUGGCUUGGUUUGAACAUUCUGUUGAUGCUACCGGAAAGCUAACCCCUCUUUUCAGUAGGGUUGAGCUUGUGUCCUUGAUGAGAUGCCACGUUGUCUCCACUACCCUUCAAAGAAAGCAUUUUGCUUUCUGUCUGCUAUAUGAUCCUACAAAGAAAGAGGGAAAAUUAUGUCCAGAACUGUUUUCACUGAAUCCCUAAACGUAAAAAGAGAAACAAAGCACAAAGUCUGCUUCAUGACACCUCAUGCAUUAUGGCAACCUGCUCAGCGAGAAUUACUUUGCAUUAAAUUUUUUUAAUCUGUCCACUUAUGUUCAACUUGGGGGAUGGGAUAUAAGUCUCUGUGUUUAUGUGUGUGUGUUUUCUUGCACUUUGACAGGGAACAUAAUUGGGGGGAGGACCUAAAUACUGAAACUUCAACACCUGAUUGUAUAUAGGAAUGAAAAUAAAAUAUGUGUUUUGGACAGAAUUUUUUUAAAAGAAAGCCCCAGUCAGUGAUGGAAGGGUAAUCAGCAUCUGAUCUUUUUCAUCUUAUUAUGCUACUUUCCUGGCCAAAGCUUUUUGCUGAGUAUACCCAUUACUGUAGGGAAAUCUGAAAAUAAGAUCCAGCUUAAAUUGAAAAGCCAAAUUCUGAAGGCUCCUGUAGAGAUAGUCUAGAGGAGGAAGUUUGAUGGAUAAACUUUACUGUCUGUAGUAGCUUUGUGCUGGGAAGAACAGACCUUCGUGAGUUCUGGGUCAGGGACAAACCUUGUUAUGACCUCUUAGCUGUUCCAAAGGCAGGGAAAUGAACUCAUUUAUUUCUGGCAGAGACCCGUGAUAACUGAGUUUUUAACUCAAAGGAAUUUUUAUAAUAGAAAAAUGGAGAUUGAAUUUCCGUAGCCUCCAGUACAAGUGUCAGGCUUAAUCAAAUUCCCAUCAUUUUUUUUUCACUCCUUUUUUGUUUUGUUUUAUAUGUUCAAGUCAGAUUAUUCUUUUUAUGGGGUCACAGAAAUGUACACAUACAAAAUAAAAUAUAAAUGAUGGUCA